AUGUCAGACGCGAUGACACAAGGGAAUUUCGUUUACGCGUUCUUGAAGUCCUGCUUCACUCGUCUUCGAGGAUUUGCGCAGUUUCUUCUCCCCUUUCUCCGACCGAAGAAGCGACGGGGGAUAAAUUAUUAUAACCCAGUUGAAUUAAACAAAUAUGCCAUGCAAACGCUGCAAAAAGCUCUAAAAGACGACCCGGGUGCUGAUAUACGGGACUGUCUACCUUUAGUCUAUAAUUCAGCCAUGCGAGUUAUCUCGAAAACCAAAGCCCGAAAGGAAGAGGAGCUCAAGCGACCUCCAACUCCUGAAUUUCGGACGAAAAUUAAUUAUGUCGAAAACGCUGAGAUUAUAUUUCCGCUUUCUGACGAAGUUGUUAGUCUCCUCUUGCAAUACUCCGAUAAAGAUGGUGAACUCGUGGGAAAGCAACUAGUGAUAUCCUUGAAGCAGCUAAUCUGGGAGUCUCCGAAAAUUUGGGAAUCUGCUGUCAGAGGAGUAGUCCUUAAAUGCAGUGACAAUGUUGCUCUCAAAGUUAUUCGACAGCACCCGGACUAUACCGAAUAUACGACGCUGCAAUACCUAGCCGAGAAAUUGCCUGAGAUACCCGUUCCUAGCACUUACGGAGUCAUAAGAUUCAAGCCAUUCACAGCUUAUUUCAUGUCAUAUAUCCCAUCAAUGACAUUGGCAGAAGCAUGGCCAAGUUUGAAUCAUGAAGGGAAGACUUCUGUACAAGAACAGCUUGAAGAAAUUUUCUCAAAGCUCAGAACCUUGAGGAAGGACGAUGGAUACCCGUUAGGAGGAGUAGGAGGAGAAGGUGUGAAGGAAGCACGAGUAGGUAAUUCUGCACAAGAGAAAACUAUCAAUACGGCUGCGUCGUUUGUGGAUUUGCAAUUCUCGCUUUCCGAAUUUCUCAGCAAAUCAUAUAUUCAGUUUAUUAGAACCCUGCAACCACCACCACCAACAGGAUCGGUUUUCACCCAUGGAGACGUUAGGAAAGACAACAUCAUGGUAGACAUUGGAGACAACAAUACAUGCACGGUUACUGCUAUUAUCGACUGGGAAGAUGCGGGUUUCUAUCCUGACUAUUUUGAGUGUACGACCUUGACACGUACUUGGUUACCCCAUGUGGAAGAUGAUUGGUAUAACUAUCUGCCUCCUUGCAUUGAUCCAGCUCGAUUUCCCCAUCAUUGGCUCAUCGAUCGAUUGUGGGGCAUACACCACCCUAUUUUCUGA